AUGUCACUGUGUUUCCAAUCUUUCAACUACCAACAUGUGAAAAAUUGUGUAAAUAAACGUACAACCCAGAGCCACGGCAAGAAAAACUCAAUAUCCCCGGUCAAACUUCCAUCGUUGAUCAUCAAACAAGGCGAAAGAAAUGAUCAUUAUCCGCCCGAGCCAAGACCUAUAUCUUCAGAUAACGAUUGUAACUGCUCCCCAUUCACUGCCCAAUCUAACUGCAUCGGCAUAAUCGGAGGCGUGUCGGUUGAGUCGGGCCUAAGUUUUGCAAAAAAGUUGGUCAAUUUCGAGGACAUUGAAGAAAAAUAUAGCCCCCCGCCUUUUAUGCUUUCUUGUGAUCCAUUGCUAAGCGAGGAGCUUUCCUCCCUCAAGAGAGAAUUUUUUUCGAGAAGGAAUGGAAUGAUUAGAAGCUUCGAUCACAGCUCAAUUGUGGAGAAGAUAAAGGGAAGGAGAACUUCACUUGAAAAAUCCGGAGUUUGCUGCCUUGCAAUGCCAUGUCACUUGCUACACUCUUGGUAUGAUGAAAUUGAGCAAGGAUCUUGUGUUCAUUUUCUUCAUGUUGGUGAUUGUGUGGCCAAAGAACUUAAGGAAGCUAAGCUGCGACCGAUCGAAGCUGGAAGUCCGAUCCGAAUUGGUGUUCUUGCCACUAAUGAGAACUUGGUGGCUAGAUUUUAUCAAGAAAAGCUUGAAAACGAGGGUUUCGAGGUUAUACUGCCAGAUAAGGCAACUGUAGAGCAUAUGGUGAUCCCAGCAGUUGAAGCACUAAACAGAAAAGACGUUGAUGGUGCACAAAAUUUGUUCAGAAUAGCUUUGCAAGUUCUGCUUGUGAGAGCUGUGAACAGAGUCAUCCUUGCUUCUGAUGAUUUUCGGCAACUUUUGCCGCCAAACGACCCUUUGUGGACAAAAUGCAUUGAUCCCAUGGAUGGUUUAGCCCGUUCGUGUCUUAAGUUUGCUCAAUCUGUAGGUAAUCGGUAA